UUAUUUGACAGACGAUAGAUAUUAUGGUGCACCUAUGCCCGCAGCUAUCAUCUACGAAAAUGCGUCUCGACCGCUGAAGACACUAUCGCCUGAAAAAGCUCCAUUCUCGCUAAAUGAAAUAUUUGAGAAAUUGCAGAACAAAAUUAGGGGUCGAAAAUUAAGACCAGGUGUUUUCGGAAUAGUGAAAAGUUACAAUUGGCGAGAGUCAAACGAGAAGAACAUUGGAAAAGCCAAGGUUUUAUCCACUACCUCAAACGGGGAAGAAAGUGGUUCAAUUAGGUUUGAAAACUACAGCAGUCAUUCAACAAACUAUACUGACUAUUUCAAGGCCAGGCCGUUUGAUUUGCCGUUUGAAAGGGAUUCUGCACGUAACGUGAAAGAUAUUUCAACUACGGCUCCAAUUUCUGACAAAAAGAGUCUUGAUCUAGAUUUUGUGGAGAUAAUUCAGAGCGGUCCUCAGGAUUCGUUCGUUCCUCAUCAAUUUCAAGAUUUCCGUCGCCAGUGGUUGCGUCAGCGUCGCGCACGCGUAGACUGGCAGAAAAUGAUUCAACCGUGUGUCGACAACAUGGCCUGGGGACAAGUAAAGAAUCACUGGGUCAAACUAAACAGAACUAACGCAGUUACCAGUGAGGUGAUUUUUUGGGACAUAAAGCCUGCGCGGGAGUUUAGCAAGAUUUUCAUCCAAUCAAAGACCUCAGAUAAUAGAACGAAAAUGAUUGGUGGAGACACCUGGAGAGUCUACCUACGUGGGCCAUCAAGCAUUGCGGCGACUCUUUUUGAUCACAAUAAUGGAACUUAUGAGGCUCUGUUUCUUAUCAUGGAACCAGGUAUCUAUCAGUUGAUGAUUAACUUGGAUUAUAGUUUAUGCGAUGGGUUCAGGGACCCACCAAGUGACUGGUUCAUAAAAGGGAACGCUCAGGGGAAGUAUCAGAAAGAUGGCCUCUUAGGACUCCUGGACGACUACUUGAUACAGCCCUUUCAGAAUGGGAAUCCUAUCAUCAUAAAUGUACCAGAAUCAAAGCUCAACAUAUCUCUGAUAGAACACCUGAGGAAGGAUCUGGACUCAUGCAGUUACACCUGCAAUCACUUAUGGGAUGGGUUUGGCCGAUGGGAAAAUAAUGAGUGGAUUCCUUUUCUUGAUGAUUCCUAUCACUGGUCGAUGCCACGGCAGUACCAAUCGGCUGGUUUCCUUUGGAUAUACGGGGAUUCUCUUGCUGUCCGCCUAGUGAGCUCCGUUCAGUCGCGCGCUCUUUGUUCCCGUCUUUACUGGGGCUGUGGGCGGAGUUACAACUGGAUAUACCCUGUGAUAAGUGAAGCUUUAAGUAAACAACAGAACGACGAUUUAGACUUCUCAUCUGAAAAGGUCAUCGAGACCAUUAAGGAUGUUUUGCGUAGGCGCGAGAUGCAACGAAGGGACAGUGUUCUACUUUUAAACCUUGGUAUUCAUUUUCCAAUCAGUGUUAAUUUCUCCACAUUCCAGAGGCUGGUUGGAGAUCUUAUAAAUGUCUUGAAGGAAACUAGAAUUAACUCACAGGGAGAUAGGGUACCAAAAUACCCUGCAAAGGUUAUCUGGAAAUCAUCCACUGCUAUUCACAAAGAAAAAGCCGAGGUCAAAAAUAAGACCAACUGGAGAUUCUUUACUACUCAACAAAGCUGGUUACAUCGCUUUGGCGAUGUUGUCAUUCAGCUGAUUCGUGCGUUUUACAAUCCAUUGACGCAAACUGAACUUCUUAAUCUCUUGCCAUUCAGAGAACACAUACUGAAUAACCUACCGGAUCCUUUUGAUUGCGAAAAGAUUUUGGCUGGGGGUGGGGGAACUUCUUGCAGUCGUUAG